UGUGAUCGUGACAGGUUGAAAAGCGAAGUCCAGACUAAACUUAGUCUUAGAAAUGGAAGGGAAACAGAAGAGAAAACGAACGAAGAAGGAGAAGAAAAAGAAGGCAGACAACCAAUCUGGAGACGACUAUGUACCAGGCAGCAUUGCUAACUUUCUAGGAUCAGACCAUGAUAAGAUGGACCAGCAUCAGUCGGGAUCCAAAGCACUGUCUUCUUUCUUUCAGCCCUCUAUGAUGUCAAAGCAAAGUGCUUUUCCAAGCAAAGCAGGCAAAGAUGCACCCAAAGGAAAAGUGACCAAAGAUAAAACCAAUAUAGAAUCCAAAUCAGAAGAAGAGACUUUUGAUGAAGGAGAAACUAAGAUACUCUUGGACGAAAGUAGACUUGAUGGUGAACUUUCUGAGGAAGCAGAAGUGAAGGAUCUGAAACGAAAGGCACAAGAUGACGAUGAUGAGGAUGUUGGUCCUAAGAAGAAAAGGAAGCCACUGCAAGAACCAAUGGAUCCUGCUGUGCUUGAUAGGACGGUAUUCGUCGGCAAUCUGCCUGUCAACAUAAAAAAGAAUGAGCUUAAAGGACUCUUCAAAAGCUAUGGCACAAUAGAAAGUGUACGUUUCAGAUCCAUGGGUGUAGCUGAUCCCAGCAUGUCAAAGAAAGUAGCAGCAAUAAAACAGGAACUGAAUCCCAAGAGAACAUCCUUCAAUGCUUAUAUUGUCUUUGAGGAAGAGAAGUGUGCCCAAGCUGCUUUAGAAAGCAAUGGCAGGCUAGUGAACAAACAUCAUAUGAGAGUGGAUAUAGCAAGCAACAACAAGAAGCAUGACAUGAAGCAUUCUCUGUUUAUUGGUAACCUCCCCUUCAACAUUGACGAUGAAGCCGUCAGAAAUCACUUUCAGGAGUUUGGAACUGUUCAAGGAGUGAGGCUCAUCAGAGACAAAGCCACUGGAAUGGGAAAGGGCUUCGGAUACGUGCUCUUUGAGGAUUCUUCUUCAGUCGAGUUUGCAUUGAAGAUGGAUGGCAGUAAACUGAAAGGAAGAUCACUGAGAGUGAAAAGAGCAGUCAAGAAAGAAAAACAAAAAGAACAAAGAGAUUCUAAUACCAGGGGUAAGAGUGUUCAUAGGAGGAGUAACUCCAAAUCAAGAGGCGGGUCAGGAUUCCAAGGAAAAGCAGGACCCCGAAGGCCACAGUCCAAGGGUAAAGUGAAAAGGAAGCAGAAGGCUGGAGGAAGCCACAAAGGCAAGCAGAAGAGGUGAUACCUUCAUGGAUUACUUGGAGCACAAAAUACAAAAAAUAAAAAACAAACUGAGAGAUAUAGAUGAAAGUGAAGAGAAUAUAGAAGCCUGGAUGUAGCUACAAGGACAAGCUGAAGAAACGUUUUCAAGGAUUCAUUAGUCUCCUUGAAACACUAUGACAUCCCAGGGGAAAUUAUGUACUAUGCUCAUUUCUAGUGAUAAAGAGCACACUGGAAUCAUGAAUCAGCAAGCGAUCUUGGCUUAAAAGUGGUUUGUGUGAUGUGAUUACCAUAUCUUAAUUAAAAAAAUAAGCCAAAUCUCAAGCAAAUCCUCCUCUGACACAAAUA